AUGAAAAUAAUAUUUCUACUGUCGACUAUAAGUGGUGUUUUACCCUACCGUCGGCCAUCCUGUCACGCAUGCUUCGAUGGAAUCUGCCACACCCGGUCCAAUGUCUUCACCGCUCACAAAUUCUCCGGGCAACUUGCAGUCGAUACAACUGCUAAUAUUCUUUAUUUUCAUUACCAAACAAAUCACUCCAUAGAUCACACAGGAGCGUACGAUUUAAAUAAUAUCAAAUUCAAAGUAAUCCCAAAAAUAGCAUUUACCUUCGGGCGAGCAGUUGACCAAAAAACGAGAGAAGUUUACAUGUCUGGUACAGUUGGAAUAUAUAAAUACAAUCCAAGUACCAAAAAGAUCAAACCCAUUGGACUAACAGACAAAACAAUAUGGCAUUUACAAUUUAAAAACAAACUUUAUUAUUCUUUAUUUAAAUCUAAAGGUAUUUAUAUUUACGAUAAAAAUAAAUCGAAGAGUAUCCCACAACUAUCGAAUUAUCAAAUCGAUGAUUUCGUAAUCGAUAAGAAGAACGAUUUAUAUUUCAUGAGCGAAUCGAUUAUUUACCGAUUAAGGAACGGCACUAAGAACGCAGAGUUUUUCAUAGAUGAAAUAUUCUCUUUGGCCAUAGACAAAAAGGGAGAAGUACAUUUCAUUCAGCCAGCUAGUCGAGGAGUUUAUAAAUUGGACUAUAGCAAAGAUAGUUUGUUAGAAAUCGGUGCUUUUGGUAAAGGCACACCUUUCCGUGUUGUAUUCGAUGCGGACAAUAACAUAAUAUACCAUGAUGUUAAUGAGGAAAAGAUAUAUUAUAUGACACCGAAUUAUAGUCUAUGUGCGGUCUCAACGAAAGGUAGAGGAAAACAUACAAAAAAGUUUGUUGCAAUGUCGAAUAAGUGA